CAUAUUACCGUUAUACACAAUGCAGUUGUUCAGUUGAUCUGUCCCUGUUAUAAUCACUGUUUCUUCUUCUUCUUGUUUAUUACGGUUUUGCGCAAUGUCGGCAAGUCUCGUCAACUGCGCGGCCUGUUUGCGCCGUGCCGUGCAGGCUUCGUCUCGUAGCAGAUCCCUCGCUGGCAUCCUCCCCGUUCUUCCACAAACCAACAGGCAUUAUGCUUCAGUUUCACCUACAAGCAUCGAACGAACUGAUGCUCCUCAGAAUCUUGUUCUAGAGCCCGUCGAUUCAGAUGUCUCCAAGAAAAAGGACUUUGAGCGACUGCAGCGCAUUGUCAAGAAGGAGCUACAGCACAUGGACGACCCUUGGAAGAUUGCCCAGUAUGUUGAAAGAGCUCUCGCCAGUGACAGGUUUGACGAAGCCUUGCUUCUCACCAAGACUGCUGGCAAAGACCGCCAAGUUGUUGUUGCUUGGAACCACCUCAUCAACUAUCUGCUGGGCAAGCAGCAGCUGAAGAAUGCCAUCAAGCUCUACAACGAUAUGAAGAAAAGAGGCCAGCUGCCCAAUGUGCAGACAUUUACAAUCAUAUUCCGUGGCUGCGCCCAGUCGCAACACCCAAAGCUCGCCGUUGCCGAGGCUGUCAAGCACUACAACAUUCUCCUCAGCGACAAGCGCCUGCAGCCCAACUCGAUCCACAUGAAUGCUGUUCUCAAUGUUUGCGCGAGAGCCGGCGACCUUGACUCCAUGUUUCUCAUAGCCGAUACAGCCAACGAGUCUACUCGCGCCCCCACGCCCUACACGUACACUACCAUCUUGAAUGCUUUGCGACAUCAAGCACUCCUGAGUGUGGACGACAUCACGCCAGAGCAGCAAGCCGCCAACACGCAAAAGGCUAUAGAUCGCGCAAAAACCAUCUGGAUUGAAGUCAUUGAUAAAUGGAGAAAGGCCCAGCUGGUCAUAGACGAGGAGCUGGUGUGCUCCAUGGGCCGCGUUCUGCUCCUUGCCCCCAAUAAGGAACAGAAGAAGGAGGUGCUCGACUUAUUAUACCAGACCAUGAGCAUACCCAACUUGGCCAAGGAUGCUGGCAUGGACGCAUUCCAAGAUACCCAGAUGGAAAAGAUUGCUGUUACUGGUGCUCCAAAGAAGGUGCCCUCAACCAGAGCUGUCUACGCCGUCCCCGGCCGCAAUACCCUGGCCCUGGUCCUCACAGCCCUAGCCUCAUCAAAGCUCACAACGUGCGGUAUCAAGUAUUGGAACCUCCUGGUCCGUUACUAUGGUGUCAUACCAGACAACGACAACUGGCUGCGCAUGUUUGGCAUGCUCAAAGUCGCCAAGGCGAGCGGCCACGCCUCUUCAAUCUUGAGCCUUAUGCCUGAUGAAUACAUUGAUGCAAAGCACUACCGCAUCGCCAUGGAAACCUGUGUCCGCGAUAACAUCAACCCCAAUGCCAUUGAAAACUCGAGUCGAGUGCUUGAUUCUAUGCUUGAGCGCCUCCCCGUGCCAGACUUGCACACCCUUCGUCUGUACUUGCGGGUUGCUCUGGUCAGUCAUUUUCAGUUCCGUGAAAAACUCAAACAGAGUGACGAAGAAGACGAAGAAGCCGCCAAGCGUGCCGAAGAACAAGCUAAGCGCGAAUAUGGCCUCCAAAUAACAACUGCUCUUGCCCAUCUCUGGGAACCUUACAAGAAAGUUCACUAUCAUUACUUCAAGGAGAAGGCAAAGGGCAAGGAUUCUAGCACGGGAGCGCUAUACAAUAGUCAGCGUGAGGUCAUCGCCUUGGCCCGUCACAUGUUUAGCGCUUUCAACAAGGUCCUCAACGAAAAGAUGCUCGACGAGAAGGACGAAAAGGACCUCCGAGUGGUCGGUGCGAAGAUAAACCGCGAGAUUCAAAAGUUUUUCUCGGGCCGUGAGGACAGGGAGCCCAACCUGCGCCAGUCUGGCCGAGAAGACACGGCUGAAGGGUCUGAAGAAGGCAGUGGCGAGGACAAGUUUAGUACCGAGUUCAGGCCAUCUGGCGACUUUGUCUGGGAUACUUCGAGGAAAGCCGAAGUGGAAGAAGAAAGGCAACCAAGGAGGUCAUGGAAAGGGGAAGAAGAGAGACGACCCAGGAGAUCAUGGGGAGGAGAUGAAGAAAGACGACCCAGGAGGUCGUGGGGAGCGGAAGAAGACAGACGACCCAGGAGGUCAUGGAAAGGGGAUGAGGAAAGACGACCUAGGAGGUCAUGGGGAGAGGACGAAGAAAGGCGACCAAGGAGGUCAUGGAGUAACAACAGAAGCAGCAGCAGCCAGAGGUAGAUGGAGGAGGCUCAACCAAAAUGUGCGAGAUGUAAGAUUCAUGAGUGUAUGAUUUAGACAUGUAGCAACUUUUUGUACAUCAUGGUGAUAUGACAAGAUAUCCUUGGUCUUAUUUUAGAAUACUAUACAUCUCUC